AUGAAAGCCUCCAUUAUCACUCUCAUUGCCGCUCAGACUAUGUCCUUAGCCCUGGCUGCACCCACGGCUGGCGACAGAGGGACUAGAUCUGUCAUAGCGCCCAGAUAUAAAUUUGAGGUGUACAAACAUCAAGCCUGUCGCGGUACACAUGGGAAGCAUGACAACAAGGACAGUUACUACGAGCGAAUCCGAGCUUCUCCCAGCCAAUGUCGCGAGUAUUGCGAGGAAGACAAUCACUGCACAGGUUACGAGACAGGUAAGGAUAAGCACUGUGAAUUGUGGAAUUCCGAGAUAGGCGACGAACUAGAGAGAAUGCACGAUCUUUCGUGCUAUGUAAAGGAAACAUACUACCCGGAGAUGCCACAUUAUGACGAGUACGAAUAUGAUGUAGAAAAGCACCGUGCCUGCCGCGGAACAAAAGGCAAACAAGACAACGACGAGGACUACUACAAGCUAGCCAAACUUUCCGGGCCUGAUUGCCGUAAAGAGUGUGAUCGCAAUUCAUGGUGCACCGGAUACGAGACUGGUACGAACGAUCGCUGCGAGUUGUGGAGUCACUUUAUCGGGGACAGCCUUCCUAAGAAGCAGGGAUUUGCAUGCUAUACCAAGCAAGAGUACUUCAACUAUUAGGUUUGAAAUAAA